CGCGGUGCAUGCUGGGUACUUUAUGUAAAUGCAUGAUGGCGGCGUCCUGCAGCAGAGCGCUCUGUAAGGUCGGAUGGUCGGUUCUGGUUCUGGAGUCCCCGUCGCUCCGCCGGACCGGGACCGGGACCGUCUCCUACCUCCGCGGGUCCAGGAGAGGCUUCAGUACCGGAGGGUUCCGGUCCCGGCUGCUGUCCGGACCCGGAGGAGCCGGAGGAGCAGCAGGAGCGGUGCUGCUCGGUGGAGGUCUGGUUGGAGGUCUGCUGGGUUUGUAUCAGACUGUGACGUUCAGGCUCCAGCAGAACCAGCACCUCGCCGAGGAGGACACCAAGGUCUCCGGAGCACCAGGAGGAGGUCUGAAGUUGACCCUGUACCAGUACAAGACCUGCCCGUUCUGCAGCAAGGUGCGAGCGUUCCUGGAUUACUCCGGGCUUCCGUACGACAUCGUGGAGGUGAACCCGGUGAUGAGGCAGGAGAUCAAGUGGUCGGCCUACAGGAAAGUGCCCAUCCUGAUGGUGAAUGGAGAUGUGCAACUGAACGACUCGUCGGUCAUCAUCAGCUCCCUCAAGACGUAUUUAUUCAACAAGGAGAAAAGAAUGUCUGACGUCCUUCGCUGCUACCCGGAGAUGAAGUCGGUGAACGACCGCGGGAAGGAGGUGACGGAGUACUCCAACAAGUACUGGGUGAUGCUGGACGAAGCCGAGACCUCGGCGCUGUACCCCGAGAAGGGGAUGCAGAAAGAGGAGAUGAAGUGGCGUCAGUGGGCCGACGAUUGGCUUGUUCAUCUCAUAUCUCCCAACGUGUACCGGACCUCCGGCGAGGCCCUGGCCUCCUUCGACUACAUCGUGCGCGAGGGCAAGUUCGGCACCUACGAAGGUUUCUUUGCCAAAUAUGUCGGCGCUGCGGCCAUGUUUGUCAUCGCCAAGAGGCUGAAAAGUCGACACAACCUGCAGGACGACGUCAGGCAGGAUCUCUACAAGGCCGUCAACGACUGGGUGGCAGCCAUCGGCAAGAAGAGGAAGUUCAUGGGUGGAGAUAAACCCAACCUGGCAGACCUGGCGGUGUUCGGCGUCCUCCGAGUGAUGGAGGGCCUGCAGGCGUUUGACGACAUGAUGGCGAACACCAAGGUCAAACACUGGUACAGACGCGUGGAGAUGGCGUCGCAGAACCGCGAGGGCCGCGAAUGAAAGCCGAACCGGUGAAGGAAGGAAAACAGCAGAACACCGGAGCGCUUCCAGCCUCAGAAAGACUGAACAGUAAACCGCCAGCGACGGUGACCGGCAGCAGGAAGCAAGACGGUUUGAAAACGGUCACGACUGCCCUGAUUGAUUUCCUGAUAGACACACGUGAAUUUAAACCUGUUAACUGCAGACGUUUAUGUAGAUAAAGAGAUCACACACAAGAAAAUACUGUUGCUAGAGAUCUAAUUUGACCAUUUAAUGACUGAGCUGCGGAGGAGGAGGAAACCUGCUGUUUAUUUUAGGGCGUUUUACUGACCUCUACUGGUGAACUGUGGGAACUGCAACAAUUCAAACACACUUAAAGUUAAAUAAAAACACAUUUUCACGAUGCAAACAAAACAAAUGAGUCGGCAUAUCUUUGACGCAGCACUUCAGUCAUUUCCUGAAAAUAUGAUUGCUUUGUUUUUUUCAUCAUCGAGAGGUAUGAAUAUCACACACUGUCCCUUUAAUACUUAGACAGCCUGCAGGGUUUCCAUGCAGAUCUGGAAAAUAAUUUUUAUACAUUUCAUGGCCUUGAACGGUUUCACAAAAAUGCAUAACAGAAAUAUUUUUCAGUCCUCGCAAUGACAAAAAAAAUUGUAAUUUGGGAACUGAUUGUAUUUCACAUACAUUACUGUAUAUUGUUUCUUUUAUUUUUAAUUAAAAUUGUUAAUUUCAGCGGUUCUCAACCAAAGAUUUUGGGCUCCUUCAAGGACUCACAAGCUUAUGUAUUUAUGAGAAAUAGAACAUAAAAAUCUAUUUUUGUUUCUUCAGAUUUUGCUCCAAGUUUUGCCCAUUUUCUCAUAAAUAUGUUUAAACCUCCUCUGACUGAAAAAGAAAAGAUAAUUGGCUUCAAUUGGAGGUCAAUUACACAUCGAAAAGGUUGACGUUUUGACUCUCAGAUUCACUCAGCUAAGUUAAUAAUUUAAUUUGAGUUGUAUUUAAAGGAAACUUUCAGAUCAUCGCAGCUUUGUCUGGGAGAAUAAAAUGGUUAUGUAGAUUUUCUUCUUGGUUCAGAAGUUUCUGUGUUCCAGAUCAGGUUCUCUCUAUUUAUUUCAGGUGAUUAUUUCUCUGUGUAACCGACGCAGGAUCAGUCUGGCAGCGAGGAAUCGAUGAGCUCAUCUGCUGGUUUUCUCUUUGGGGGUUUAAAUGAAAUAAAAUAAAAUGUAAGAAGAAGAAGUGGUGAGCUGCCAGUUUGAAUGUACUUUAAUAUGCAAACUGCAGAGACCUUUCUUGAAGUACUUAUAUUAAAACCAACUCAAUGUGCAUAGUUGUAAAAA